GCAGGCUGGUGCGGGCGCGGGAUGGAGGUGAUCAGAAGCAAUUUUAAGGAUAACCUAAACAAAGUUUAUGAAGCCAUUGAAGAGUCGGACUUCCUGGCCAUUGAUGGGGAGUUUUCAGGGAUCAGCGAUGGGCCUUCUGUUAGUGCAUUAACCAAUGGCUUUGACACUCCAGAAGAAAGGUAUCAGAAACUUAAAAAGCAUUCCAUGGAUUUUUUGCUCUUUCAGUUUGGCCUUUGCACUUUUAAAUAUGAUCACACAGAAGAGAAGUAUAUAAUGAAGUCAUUUAAUUUCUAUAUUUUUCCAAAACCCUUUAACAGAAGUUCACCAGAUGUCAAGUUUGUCUGUCAGAGUUCAAGUAUAGAUUUUUUAGCAAACCAAGGAUUUGAUUUUAAUAAAGUUUUUCGCAACGGAAUUCCAUAUUUAAAUCAGGAAGAAGAAAGACAGCUAAGGGAACAGUAUGAUGAAAAACGUUCUCAGGCCAAUGGUGCAGGAUCUCUGUCAUACAUUUCUCCUAAUGCCACAAAGUGUCCUGUAACAAUUCCUGAAGAUCAGAAAAAAUUCAUUGAUAAAGUAGUGGAACAGAUAGAAGACUUAUUAAAGAAUGAAGAAAAUGAAAGUUUGGAACUGGAGCCAUGUACAGGAUUUCAGAGGAAAUUAAUUUAUCAGACCUUGAGCUGGAAGUAUCCAAAAGGUAUCCAUGUUGAAACUCUGGAGUCAGAUAAGAAGGAGAGAUAUCUUGUUAUUAGUAAGGUAAAUGAAGAAGAACGAAAAAGAAGAGAACAGCAGAAACAAGCAAAAGAACAGGAAGAAUUGAAUGAUGCGGUAGGAUUUUCCAGAGUCGUUCAUGCCAUUGCUAAUUCUGGCAAGCUUGUUAUUGGGCACAAUAUGCUCCUGGAUGUUAUGCAUACCAUACACCAGUUCUAUUGUCCCCUACCUGAUGACCUAAGUGAGUUCAAGGAAGUAACAUCAUGUGUCUUUCCCCGGCUAUUGGAUACUAAACUGAUGGCAAGUACACAACCUUUUAAGGAGAUCAUUAAUAAUACAUCCCUUGCAGAACUGGAAAAGCGUUUGAAAGAGGUUCCAUUCAGCCCUCCUAAAGUUGAAAGUGCAGAAGGGUUUCCAAGUUAUGAUACAGCUUCUGAACAACUUCACGAAGCAGGAUAUGAUGCUUACAUUACUGGGCUGUGCUUCAUCUCCAUGGCUAAUUUCCUAGGUUCAUUCCUCAGUCCUCCGAAAAACCAUGUGUCUGCUAGAUCAAAACUGAUUGAACCUUUUUUUAACAAGCUAUUUCUUAUGAGAGUAAUGGACAUACCAUAUCUCAAUUUGGAAGGACCAGACUUGCAACCAAAACGAGAUCAUGUUCUUCAUGUUACUUUUCCCAAAGAGUGGAAGACUAGUGACCUUUACCAGCUUUUCAGUGCCUUUGGUAACAUUCAGGUUUCAUGGAUUGAUGACACAUCAGCAUUUGUAUCAUUGAGCCAGCCAGAACAAGUACAAAUAGCUGUAAACACCAGCAGGUAUGCUGAAAGUUAUAGGAUCCAGACAUAUGCAGAAUAUGUUGAGAAAAAACAUGAAGAAAAACAGGCAAAGAGAAAAUGUACAGAAGAUAGUUGGAAAGUGAUGGAGAGAAAGCGAUUAAAAACUCAAUGCACACCUUACGUUUCCCAGAGUCGAUACUACUGUGUUAACAGUUUUACAGGUACCAGUACGGUGGGAAAGAGAAGCAUGAGUCCUAUUCAGGAAGAAACUGGUUCUGAUGAUAUGGAAGAGGGAGAAGGCCAAGAUCCAGAAUAUGAUCAGACAGACUCCUGUGCAGACUCCCUUCCAGAUGGUAAGAAGAGAGCCAAAAAGUUCAAAAAGAUCAAGACAGAACAAGUUCCAGCAGGAAGCCUCACAACUAGUUCCACUGGAAUUUUUGAAGUCCCUGAAACAUGGUAGGAAACAACUGCCUUAACAAGUGGAAUUGAUUGAAAGCAGUUGCGAGAAUACACCUCUUGGAAGCCAUACUUUAUUUAAAUAAAGUGGUGUUAAAAAAGCA